AACACAUUCUUUACGGUAUCUGAAAUUUCGUCCAGUGAGACUUCUAUACCCAGUAAACAAGCAAUGGGUACUAGCUAAGCCCGGCCGCGGUAGGUUUGGGGUGCCUCAGAUCUUUAUGACUGUGGAUAUCAUCGCAGUUGUUAUCGGAUUUUCACAGCUUUAAAGACGAAGUUUUAUGAAAAGAAAGAUACAAAAAUAAAAGAUGUUGCGCCUUCAACAUCUCAAUCUAAUACGUUAUCAACGGAAUCACUAUCUGCUCAGCAGCCGUCAACGUCAACAGACAAUUCUAUGAUUGCUGAAACUGUGACUCAAAAUGUUGAUUCAUCUAUAGAUUCCUCUGUACUAGACGAAGUUGUAAUAGAGGGUAAUGAUUCUCAACUGGAUACAUCGUUGGAAGCAGGCUUCGUUAAAGAUUCUGAUUUAUUAAAUUCACCAACGGAUAUUUUAACGGCAGAAAAUGAAAGUCCAAUCGUAAAAGGUAUGACUUUGAAAAGUCUCACUAGCAGCCGUAAGGUAGUUGAUAUUAUCAACCGCUACGGACAUUGCAUUAGCUACAAUGCAAUUGAAGAACUUGAGACUGAAGCAACAUAUACAUCGACUUCUCGAGCUGGACUGUGUCCAGAAAUCAUCAAUAGAACUGAUAAUUUGUCGCAUUUGGAAAAAUGCUCAUGCGAAUGAGCCCACAUCACUGAAUCCCCUUGAAUACGGCUGGAUGGAGAUGGAAAACCGUUACGUAUUUAAGUGGUUCGAAGGAGACCAACUUCCUUGCUUUGUCAGCGACUUGAUUCUAAAUCCUGAAGAAUCUGACUUGGAGGAUGAAGAUGACUUGUCACUUUCUGAAGACGAUUCCGAAGAUGAAAAUUAAUUAUAAAAUAUUUC